AUGCUAUUACUCUCGGAGUUGCACACAACAAUGUCUGAUACAAGCAGGAUAUUGUCCAAAUGCAAACAAGAAUUGAAUGAUCUCGACAUUCCUUCAUAUUUCUCCCCAAACUCCACUUAUACUAUCCCUUCAAAAUCACCUUUAAUAACGAAGUUGAAGCUUUCCAAAAUCAACGAUGAAUUGAAAAAUUUAAGACUAGCAUAUAAGAAUGACCAAGAGAAAUGUAGACAGGAAAUAGCGCCCUUGCAAAGUAUAUUGGAUGAGAAGACAUUCGUGAACAACCAAAUAAUGCAGAUAUGGAUUGAAUCUUACAGCCCGAAGGUGCAAACACACAAUGCUGCCGUGACAGCUGAUGAGGUGGAAGAUGACCUAAAUGAAAUAGCAGAUGAUUCAGAGGCAGAUCAAGAGAAUUUGUCUUCCUUGCGUAAACGGCUCCUCACCUCUAAUCCCCACUCCAUGCUUGACAAGACCAAUGACUAUCAUGACUCGAUACAAGAAGACAUCCUUCUGGAACUCACUGGGUUUGCAACCAGCUUGAAGGACUCUGCCUUGAGGCUCUCUUCGAAGAUCGUAGAAGAUGCCGCGAUAGUAGAGAAGACAAAUGAGAACUUAUUGAAGAACUCUGAUCUUAUGGGAUUGAUAGAUAAGAACUUAAAUAACUAUGUAUUGAACAAAACCGGUGGGAAGAUUUCGUUCUGGUUUCUUAUUAAGGUGCUAGCUGGAGUGUUUGUGAUAUUCUUCUUGAUGGUUGCUUUAAUUAAAAUAUUCCCAAAGUUCUAA